AUGGAAGAUUAUUUCGCCUGGUACGACUUGAUGGAUGCUCAUAAACUUCACAUUGUUAAGAUGACGCUACACGGAGCCGCUAGACAAUAUUGGAAUUCCGUGGAGGAGCAACUAUACCAAUUUGGACAACCACAUGUGACUCUCUGGGACGAGAUGAAAUUAAUGCUUCGCGAACAAUAUCUUCCCACCUUUUAUUGCCAUCAAUUGUAUGACCAAUUAUGGACCAUUUCACAAGGAAGUUUAACCGUUACUGAAUUUCACGCUCGUUUUAUCGAACACAAGAUACGUGUAGGGAUUCGUGAAGAACCCAACAUCACUAUGUCUCGCUUUAUCCAUGGUCUUCGUGAUGAUAUCAAACGUGAAGUUCGGAGGUUCCAUCCACAUACUUCGUGA